ACAUUUUGUUGCUUCUGCUCUGAAGUGUUACUUAAAGGCUAUAAAUAGUCUAUUUUUAUUUUAGUGUAUUUUGUACAUUUAAAGUGGGAUGAAAGAAAAACAAACUUAAAAGUUAAAACUUAAGUCCAUAGUGUGUUUAGGGAGUCGGUGUUCAUGUCUAGUUAUUACUGUAUGGUCAUAAUCUAAAUUCUUUGUAAGUGCUCAUAGGGUGAAAAUGAAGAUGGCUGAUGGGACACGAAUUUUAAGAAGAAAUCGACCGGGAACCAAAGCCAAGGAUUUCAGCAGGUGGCCUGAUGAGCCAUUUGAAGAGAUGGACUCAACUUUGGCUGUUCAACAAUAUAUCCAGCAGCAGAUCAGGAGAGAGCCUAAUAACAUUGAUUUAAUUCUUACACCCCCAGAGACUCAAGAUGAGGGUGUCUGGAAAUAUGAACAUCUCAGACAGUUCUGCAUGGAGCUGAACGGCCUGGCAGUAAGGCUACAAGGCGAGUGUCAACCGGACUCGUGCACUCAGAUGACGGCCACGGAACAGUGGAUCUUCCUGUGCGCCGCGCACAAGACUCCCAAAGAGUGUCCGGCCAUAGACUACACCAGACACACACUCGACGGCGCAGCUUGUCUACUCAAUAGCAACAAGUACUUCCCCAGCAGGGUGAGCAUCAAAGAGUCGUCCGUAGCCAAGCUAGGAUCCGUGUGUCGUCGGGUGUACAGAAUCUUCUCCCAUGCUUACUUUCAUCAUCGAUCUAUCUUUGAUGAAUUUGAGAACGAGACGUUUUUAUGUCGAAGAUUCACCCUGUUUGUAACCAAGUACAAUUUGAUGUCCAAAGACAACCUAAUUGUUCCGAUACUCGAAGGAGAGGGGGGAGUCAGCGGGGAAUCUGAAGCCUAAACACUGAUGACUCGUCAAUGUGUUGUCUUUAGUUCUAUUAGUGCCAACUUCAUUAUUUUUAUCAUAGAUUAUUUUGACUGUUUAUAUUUCGUUAAGUAAUCAAAGACAGUUAAACACCACAUGAAUCUGGUCUGAUGAGAUUUGAGAUGCCAAAUUUGUAUUGAAUACAAUAAGUAAUGUGAAUAGUUGUCACAGUUUCUAUCGGACCAUUUUUAUGUUAACAUUGGACUGACAUGACUUCCAAGUUUCGGCCUGAACUUAGGAGGUAUGUUUUGAUCCUUGCUGCAACUAAUCCAACGGACAGCUUUUUAAUUGAGCUUCACAGGUAAAAUUGUGGAUAUUGUAAAUGGUAAAUAUUGACUGGUUUGUGUCAAUAGGCACAGUAUUAUUGGUCAAUAACCUUUAGUCUCUAUGUAUUUAAGUGUACCUUAAGUAGUUAGUUUAUAAAUACACCAGAAAUUCAUGACAGUAAAAUAAUGGUCUUAAAGAAACAAAAUUCCUUCUUGGAACUAAUUAGUACUUCAUAACUCAAUUAAACCUUCUACUUGUUAUCUUUAAAAUGAGACAUAUUUAAGAAGUUAAGUCGAUACCAACAUAAAUUAUUUUGGUUUAUACUAUGUAUACAGGACUUUAUUGCCUAGCAAUGUAAUGUUAUUUUAGUUACUUGUUGAUUCUCCAUAAAACAGACAUACCACUGUUAGGUAUUGUUUUGACCUAUCAUAGUUUUCAGUAUUCUUCAUAAGUUUGUUUUGUUUGAGAUCCAAUUUUCCAAAUUACAUUGUACUAUAUCUUUUUUCAACCACUAACCUGUAUUUUAGGGAUUUGUUAGGAUUCCAUGUAUCAUAAUUUUUGUUUGGCUAGAAUAAUUUCAACUGUGUGUAUUUAAAACUGUCAUUAUAUCUACUGUGUGAAUCUCAAGAAAUUAUUUUUUUUAAA